AUGGCCUGGACCCUUGUGCUCGCCCUCCUCACACUCUGCACAGGUCCCGUGGCCUGCUCAGAAGUUACUCAGCCCCCAGCAGUGUCUGUGGCCCCGGGACAGACAGUCAGCAUCACCUGCCAGGGAGAUCUCAUAGCAAAAUAUUAUCCCAAUUGGUACCAGCAGAAGACCAGCCAGGCCCCAGUGCUAGUCAUCUAUGGUAACAACAACCGGCCCUCAGGAAUCUCAGACCGAUUCUCUAGCUCUGACUCAGAGGACACGAACACCCUGAGCAUCAGAGAUGCCCAGGCCCAGGACGAGGCUGACUAUUACUGUGCAGUGGGGGACAGCAGUGCUAAAGCUCACAGUGACACAGGCGGAUGGGGAAGUGGGACAGAAACCUCCUGUGUCACCCUCCCCUCCAGCCCUGAGCGCAGCUGCCCGUCUGUGUGA